CGCGCACAGUAGGCAGCACUGGCGUGAGAGGAGCCCGGAGAGAUACAAGCAUGUCAUCGUGACUGCGGUUCUCUUCAUAUGGCCGCCAUCAGACUCGUCCCCCUCGCUCCAUCUACAUAUCUAAGCGCUCUGCGCGACCGUUCUCUCGACAUCUAACCCCUCCUCGGCACUCUCCUUGGUCUUCUUUGCGGCUUAUCGCCCGUAUUAUUCCAGUGUCUCACCACAUACCCCGGUUCCCCUCCGUGUUCUCGAGCAAGAGCACACGCCCAACAACCGUUGAUCGACCACCGAUAAUAUAGCUUCCAACCGCAACCUCUGUUUACGACCACGCUCUUUGAAGUUGCCAUGUUUCCUCAUCGCGGGCCACGCCCGGAGCUCCUCCCUCAUCCCAUCCCGCUGCUCUACGUCUCUCCCCCAGACGAUGAUUCCCCACCCACGUACCUACUUGAGCGCGCGCGUCGUGGCACACGUCUUCCAUCGCGCCGACCACCGUCUCCCAACUUCCUUCACGUCGCCUGGGCGCCACGCCCACCUCCCGCCCUCCUCCCACCCAAGCGCGACCCGUACGCGCCGUACAUCCCCGAACAGACGGCUCCCAGCACAAGUGCGAUCCUCGUCGCGGUCCUCCUCCCCUGGCUCGGCGCAGCGCUCGCCUUUAUGCGGGCUGACGAGCCACUCCUCCCCUCCCUGCGAAUGAAGCGCAGGAGGGGACGCCAGUCCCCGCUCGCUUUCCUGGUCCUAUUGUUUGGCGGAACACUCGUCGUCUCAGCAACGCUGCAUGCAUGCGCGUACAACGCCGAAUCAGACUUUGAGAUCGUCGACCCCCUCCUCCUCAACGAGCCGACUAUCGACGCCGGCCUCCGACCGCCCAAGAUGGGAUGGGUGCGCCACAUGCAUCCCCGAGAGGCGUCCGCCGUCGCGAGUCCUCGCGACCGAGGAACCGCCCUUGAACUGCACGUGUGGGACCUGCUCUAAUGGACGAUUGCAUAGUAGACUUUCACUUUAGGUUGGGUUCGGCCCCUGGGCCUCUUGGUACUUUGUUGUAUUUCAUGGACUCUGCAUUACAUUAUCUUGA